AUCACGCGCAUCGCAGCGGUCCAGGCCACGGCCGCCGAAACGCGCGCCGUCGAGGCCGGCGGCGAGCGCUUCGACCUCGCCGUCGCCGAGUCGUCACAAGUUGUUCAAAAAGGCGUCUACGAGGGCGGGCGGGAGCUCUGGGAGUGCGCGAUUGACCUCGUGGAGUGGCUCGCCGCGCACCGGCGACCGAGCGGCACGGUGCUAGAAUUAGGCUGCGGCCGCGGCCUGCCCGGCCUCUGGUGCCUCAAGCGAGGCGCCCAACAAGUGGUCUUCAGCGACUACGACGCCGACGUGCUGGAGCGCUACACUAGAGUUGAUGCGGCGCGCGUCGGCGGCCGAUGUUACUUCUACGGCGGCGACUGGCGCGGGCUGCCCGCGGCGUUGCGUGGCUUCGGGACGUUCGACCUGAUCCUGAGCGCGGAGACGGCGUACCGCGAGGACACGACGCGUUCUCUGGUGGAAUGCAUCGCGAAGACGUUAUCCGUAAAGGGCGAGGCCGUCGUCGCGACGAAGCGCUACUAUUUUGGGUGUGGUGGCGGCGUCGCGGCCCUCGAGGCUGAGGUCGGUCGCGUCGAUCGCCUCUGUUGUGAAGUGGUGUGGUCGGCCGAGGACGGGCGGUCGAACGUGCGGGAUAUUGUGCGCGUGUUCUGGAAGGAAGGGUAAUUGUGUGUGUUUUUUA